AUGGCCUCGUCCAUCAUCCCGGGCCUGAUGAUUACACCCAUUACCCCAGCAAUUAGGAGCAAGUCGGAGCUGGUCGCAGAGCCUGAGAAAUCCAAGGACACGCCUCCUCCCCGCCGCACCCCUGUCCCAGCCAAGGACACGCCUCCGCCCCGCCACACCCCUGUCCCAGCCAAGGACAUGCCUCCUCCCCGCCGCAUCCCUGUCCCAGCCAAGGACACGCCUCCUCCCCGCCGCAUCCCUGUCUCAGCCAAGGACAUGCCUCCUCCCCGCCGCACCCCUGUCCCAGCCAAGGACAAGCCUCCUCCCCGCCACACCCCUGUCUCAGCCAAGGACAUGCCUCCUCCCCGCCGCACCCCUGUCCCAGCCACGGACACGCCUCCUCCCCGCCGCACCCCUGUCCCAGCCAAGGACACGCCUCCUCCCCGCCGCACCCCUGUCCCAGCCAAGGACAUGCCUCCUCCCACCGCACCCCUGUCCCAGCCACGGACACCCAAGGACACGCCUCCUCCCCGCCGCACCCCUGUCUCAGCCAAGGACAAGCCUCCUCCCCGCCGCACCCCUGUCCCAGCCAAGGACAUGCCUCCUCCCCGCCGCACCCCUGUCUCAGCCAAGGACACGCCUCCUCCCGCCGCACCCCUCCACGGACACGCCUCCUCCUGCCACACCCCUGUCCCAGCCAAGGACAUGCCUCCUCCCGCCGCACCCCUGUCCCAGCCAAGGACAUGCCUCCUCCCGCCGCACCCCGUCCCAGCCAAGGACACGUCUGCUCCCCACUGCACCCCUGUCCCAGCCAAGGACAUGCCUCCUCCCCACUGCACCCCUGUCCCAGCCAAGGACAUGCCUGCUCCCCACCUCAUCCCUGUCCCAGCCACGGACACGCCUCCUCUGCCACACCCCUGUCCCAGCCAAGGACAUGCCUCCUCCCGCCGCACCCCUGUCCCAGCCAAGGACACGCCUGCUCCCCACCGCACCCCUGUCCCAGCCAAGGACAUGCCUGCUCCCCACCUCAUCCCUGUCCCAGCCAAGGACAAGCCUGCUCCCCACCUCAUCCCUGUCCCAGCCAAGGACAAGCCUCCUCCCCGCCGCACCCCUGUCCCAGCCAAGGACACGCCUCCUCCCCGCUGCACCCCUGUCCCAGCCAUGGACACACCUCCUCCCCACCGCAUCCCUGUCCCAGCCAAGGACACGCCUCCUCCCCACCGCACCCCUGUCCCAGCCAAGGACAAGUCUCCUCCCCGCCACAUCCCUUGA